GUCGCUGUAGGUGGCUGCAGGACAGGCGGCAGCUUGGAGACUUUCUGUGUCACAUUUAAUCAAUAGGGCACCUUUGGCACGAUGCCGUAAGGCUAACAGACACUCACUUGGCACAGGAAGUUGAGGUGGAAGAAGGAGCAAAAAGGGCAAUCUUGACUAACUAAAUCCAGCCAAUGACAAGGGGUGGCAGAACAACUUUGAACAGCCCAACAUCCACCGGUGAAUGUGUGAAAUGAUGGCAGUCACCAGGGCAGAGAGGUUUGAGGGAGGCCGGAGGGGGUCUGGAGCCGUAAGACCACCAGAAGGUGGAUGGGGCUGGAUGAUCGUCAUUAGCUGUUUCCUCUCCACCAUCUGCAUCCGGGCUGUGACCAGAUGUGUGUCCAUGUUCUUUGUGGAGUUCCAGCUGCACUUUGAGAGGGAUUACUCCACCACUGCUUGGAUCCACAGUCUUAUUGACUCCACCACCAUGCUCUGUGCUCCCCUUGGCAGUUACCUUGGCAACCGCAUGUCCUGCAGAGCGACGGUCAUUCUGGGUGGCCUGCUGUCUUCUGCUGGCCUGGUCCUCAGCUCCUUCGCCUCUAGUCUGGAAUUCCUCUACAUUUCUAUGGGUGUCCUCACAGGUCUUGGCUUUGCUCUCAGCUACACACCAGCCAUAGCCAUGGUUGGGACGUACUUCGUUGAGAGAAAAGCUCUGGCCUAUGGCAUCGCCCUGUCUGGCAGUGGCAUCGGGACUUUCCUUCUGGCUCCUACAGUUCAGAUGCUUAUAGAGUAUUACUCCUGGAGAGGAGCUCUGCUCAUCCUCGGGGGAUUUGUUUCCAACCUGUGUGUUUGUGGUGCUCUGAUGAGGCAGCUGGAACCAGAAAGAGAGGAAAGGACAUGGGAGAAAAAUAUGAAAGGAAUGGAGAAAGCCUUAAUGCUGACGGUUCUGCAAACUAAAGCCACUCAACAAGUGACCUCUGACUUCCGCCAGGAGGACCCCGAGCACCGUGACAUGAACAAUUUAAAGGACAUAGGGGGUCUGGUCAUCGCCAACGGAGUGUUUGAACAUUCUGGACAUGAAAGCAACAAACUUCAGGAGAAAAUAAUACUGGUACCAAACCCAAGGCUGCCUAAUCAGAAGUUAACAGACAUGAAGAUAGCUGAAUGCAUCUUACUCAGCAACAAGCUGUCUGAGACUGUGCUCGGUGAGACUGGAGAGUCCGAUCCGAAAAUGGUGGAAAGCAUGAACAUUACCAACACGUUGGCAGAUGUGAAUGAAACAAGAGAUGAUUCAGGCUUUAGUCAAAUCAAGGCAAAAGAUGACCACGAGAGAACUGUUCAUACAGAACCACCGGUCAACACACAACCUCCAUCCAGAUGUCAGCCUUCUUGUCUUGAGACCAGCAAGGAGUUUGGCUUCCUUUUUAUGCCCAACUUCCUGAUACUGUCAGUGUCCUUCCUGUUUCUGGCGUACGGCUGCAGCGCUCCGGUAGUUUACCUGGUUCCCUACGCCCUCAGCAAGGGAGUGGAGCAUCGACAUGCCGCCUUCCUCAUGUCCAUAUUUGGCGUGAGUGGUAUCGUUGGCAACAUCACCUUUGGAUGGAUCACAGACAGGAAGAGUCUGAAGAGGUACCGGGUGCUCAGCUACAUGGUGGCCAUAGGCAUGGAGGGCCUCUGCUGUUUGUUCCUGCCUUUCCUCCACACUUUUCCCCUCUUGGUACCAUUUUCUGCUCUUUAUGGGUACUUUGACGGGGCAUACGUGGCACUAAUACCUGUUGUAACCUCCGACAUUGUGGGCUCCACCUAUCUCACCUCAGCGCUGGGUGUAGUCUAUUUCCUGCAUGCUAUCCCAUACCUCAUCAGCCCACCAAUAGGAGGUUGGUUAGUAGAUCAAACGGGACACUACACAGCAACCUUCUUCCUGAGCGGCGCUUCCUUCAUCCUCAGCUCUCUGAUUCUGGCUGCUGCCUCCCUCAUCAGACACGCCUCCACGAGACGUCACAGCGGCCAGGAGGAAGACCAGUCCCAGCGAAACACCAACCCGUCAGAGCUUGUGCCUUUUUUCACAAAACAAAUGUCUCUACGCACAUAAAAUAAACAGUAUUCUUUUUUUCCAAAUUGGUUCUUUGAUUUUAUUAUUUGGUUCUUUCUUGAGUGCAAAAUUUGUGGAGUAUUU